UGACUAUAAUAACUUAAAGCUAUUGCUGCACAAUUGCGCCUAUACAUUUUAGAAUAAGACUCACAAUUGUAAGGUGCAAAAGCUCCACUGUUUCGCAUUUUGACCAAGUCCGCCGUCUUACUCGCCACAUACGACUAUCCUUGAGUAUUUAGUGCCAGUGCUUGAUUUUUUAAAUGCCUCCCAACGCAAAAUAUGAAUUUUAACGAUGUUGCUAUCAAAGGGUGCCAUAAAAUCCUAUCUAGAUGACCACCGGAGAAGAAAACUAUGGAUCAAAAGCCAUGGACAGUGUCAAUAUCAACAAUGUGCAAUCUUUACAAAAAAAUUCCGAAUCGCCGUCUCAAUCGAGCGCCGUAGACAUGGAAAUAACGCUGGUGAAUUCAUCUUCCGCCCAAGAAAAUAACAGCGGCGACAACGACAACGGCCGUUUGCCGGACCUCGUUGUCGCAGCCAAAAAAUGCGACAACGACGAUCAAAACGAGGAAACAUAUUUUUCUAUCGCCAUACAAGUUUUCAUACCCUUCUUAAUAGCUGGAUUAGGCAUGGUGUUCGCCGGUCUGGUCCUAGAUAAAAUACAACAUUGGCCGGUGUUCGAGGAAAUCACCGAGCUGGUCAUCUUGAUUCCCGCUCUUUUAGGUCUUAAAGGCAACUUGGAGAUGACCCUAGCGUCCAGGUUGUCCACGCAAGCGAACUUGGGCCACAUGGACACGGCCAAACAAAAAAUCAACAUCAUCGUAGGCAAUUUAACUCUCAUUCAGUGUCAAGCCAUCGUGGUGGGCUUCUUGGGCGCGGUAGUGGCGGUGGUGAUGGGCGGAAUAAAGAGCAACGAUGUGGAGUUGGACCAUGCUUACCUUCUAUGUGCUAGCAGCUUAGUGACUGUGUCCAUAGCCAGCUUUGUGCUUGGAUUGAUAACAGCAGGAGUUAUAGUAUUUUCCAGGCAUUGCCACAUCAAUCCAGACAAUGUUGCCACACCUAUUGCCGCUAGUUUAGGAGACAUAACCUCGUUGACUCUGCUCUCAUGGAUCUCGACUAUUUUGUACGAGUCUAUAGGUUCUAAUGAUUGGCUGGCACCGUUGAUCAUAGCUGUCUACAUCAUGGCUAUACCACUAUGGGUUUGGAUUGCCAAAAGAAACCUACAGACGAGGGAUGUCCUGUACCAUGGGUGGACGCCUGUGAUGGGCGCCAUGUUGAUAAGCUCCAUGGGGGGUUUGAUUUUGGACUUCAUGGUGUCCCGUUUCGAGGGUUUGGCAGUUUUCCAGCCUGUCAUAAACGGUGUAGGCGGGAACCUUGUGGCAGUCCAGGCCAGCAGAAUUUCCACGUCGCUUCACAAGCAAGCCGAGUUGGGGAUAUUAACGUCAGAAAAUAACGGGGACGAGGACGAAAUAUUUAUAUCCCCGGUUAAAGGGUUCUGUGGUAAAGGGGUACACGCUAGAACCACCAGGGUGCUAAUGUCCAUGGUGUUGCCCGGCCAUAUAAUCUUUAUUUACACCAUAGAUUACAUGAAGGAUGGAGAUACAUCACUAAGUUCACUAUUCGUUGUUGUUUAUUUGAUGGCUGCCUUAAUGCAGGUGGCUACCCUACUCUAUGUCGCUUACAUCAUGAUUCACUGGAUGUGGAAACGAAAAAUCGACCCGGACAAUUCGGCCAUACCCUAUCUAACAUCGAUGGGCGAUUUACUGGGUAUUUCCCUUCUAGCGAUUGCCUUCCAGUUUUUGUAUCUCGUCGCUGACCGCGAUACAGACGCCGAGUAAUACGAAUUUAUGCCUUUACCGUUCCUUUUUUAACGUGUUGUUGUGAUAAUAAUUCAAAUGAAAUGACAAUAGAUUUCAACACAAAAACGUAUUUAGACAAAAAUAAAUUUAUUUUAUUAUUAUUAGGAGAAUGAGAUUACUAUAAAUAUGUAUUUUUCUUUAAUAGAAAUAAAAC